GACCGCUUCACCGGGUCUAGUGAAACCGCGCUCGGGACCUGGAGGCGGAGACCUUAGGCGGCGGCUGCAGAGGGGCGAGCCGGGCGCAGGAGGGGGCGCGCUUUCUCCCUGUGCGUCUCAGUAAUGAGGAGACUGAGUUUGUGGUGGCUGCUGAGCAGGGUCUGUCUGCUGCUGCCGCCGCCCUGCGCACUGGUACUGGCCGGGGUGCCCGGCUCCUCCUCGCACCCGCAGCCUUGCCAGAUCCUCAAGCGCAUCGGCCACGCUGUGAGGGUGGGCGCGGUGCACUUGCAGCCCUGGACCACAGCCCCACGAGCGACCAGCCGCGCUCCGGACGGCAGCCGGGCGGGUGCACAGAGGGAUGAGCCGGAGCCAGGGUCUUGGAGACCCCUGGCCCCCUCUCAGGGCGCACGCUGGCUGGGGAGUGCUUUUCAUGGCCGGGGACCGCCCGGCCCCCGGAAGCCGGGGGAGGGUCCCAGGGGUGAGACUUUGUGGCCGCGGGAAGCCCUCCUAUUCGCCGUGGACAAUCUGAACCGCGUGGAGGGGCUGUUGCCCUACAACCUAUCUCUGGAAGUAGUGAUGGCCAUCGAGACAGGCCUGGGCGAUCUGCCACUUUUGCCCUUCUCCUCUCCCAGCUCGCCGUGGAGCAGUGACCCUUUCUCCUUUCUGCAGAGCGUGUGCCACACCGUGGUGGUGCAGGGGGUAUCGGCGCUGCUGGCCUUCCCCCAGAGCCAGGGCGAGAUGAUGGAGCUCGACUUGGUCAGCUCAGUCCUGCACAUCCCGGCGAUCAGCAUCGUGCGUCAUGAGUUUCCGCGGGAGAGUCAGAAUCCCCUUCACCUACAGCUGAGUUUAGAAAAUUCUUUAAGUUCCGACGCUGGUGUCACUGUCUCAAUCCUGACCAUGAACAACUGGUACAAUUUUAGCUUGUUGCUAUGCCAGGAAGACUGGAACAUCACCGACUUCCUCCUCUUUAUCCAGAAUAAUUCCAAGUUCCACCUCGGGUCUAUCAUCAACAUCACUGCUAACCUGUCCUCCUCCAAGGACCUCUUAAGCUUUUUACAGGUCCAUCUUGAGAGUGUUAAGGACAGCACACCCACAGUGGUGAUGUUUGGCUGUGACAUGGAAAGUAUCCGGCAGAUUUUUGAAAUUUCCUCCCAGUUUGGGGUAACACCCCCUGAACUUCAUUGGGUGUUGGGAGACUCCCAGAAUGUGAAGGAACUGAGGACCGAGGGUCUGCCCUUAGGGCUAAUUGCUCAUGGAAAAACAACACAAUCUGUCUUUGAGUACUACGUACAAGAUGCCAUGGAGCUAGUCGCAAGAGCUGUAGCUACAGCCACCAUGCUUCAGCCAGAACUUGCUCUCAUUCCCAGCACGAUGAACUGCAUGGAUGUGAAAACUACAAAUCUCACUUCAGGACAAUAUUUAUCAAGGUUUCUAGCCAACACCACUUUCAGAGGCCUCAGUGGCUCCAUCAAAGUCAAAGAUUCCACCAUCAUCAGCUCAGAAAACAACUUUUUCAUCUGGAAUCUGCAACAUGACCCUAUGGGAAAGCCAAUGUGGACACGCUUGGGCAGCUGGCAGGGUGGCAAGAUUGUCAUGGACUAUGGAACAUGGCCAGAGCAGGCCCAGAGGCACAAAACUCACUUUCAGCACUCAAGUAAGCUACACUUAAGAGUUGUAACCCUGAUUGAACACCCAUUUGUCUUCACAAGGGAGGUAGAUGAUGAAGGCUUAUGUCCUGCAGGGCAACUUUGUCUAGAUCCUAUGACUAAUGACUCUUCCAUAUUGGACAGCCUAUUCAAUAGUCUCCAUAGCAGUAAUGAUACAGUACCAAUAAAAUUCAAGAAGUGCUGCUAUGGAUAUUGCAUUGAUUUGCUGGAAAAGCUAGCAGAAGACAUGAAUUUUGACUUUGACCUUUAUAUUGUUGGGGAUGGAAAGUAUGGAGCCUGGAAAAAUGGCCACUGGACUGGGCUGGUGGGUGAUCUACUGAAUGGGACUGCCCACAUGGCAGUCACUUCCUUCAGCAUUAACACUGCACGCAGCCAAGUGAUAGAUUUCACCAGCCCUUUCUUCUCCACCAGCUUGGGCAUCUUAGUGAGGACUCGAGACACAGCAGCUCCCAUUGGAGCCUUCAUGUGGCCACUCCACUGGACAAUGUGGCUGGGGAUUUUUGUCACUCUGCACAUCACUGCCAUCUUUCUCACUCUGUAUGAGUGGAAGAGUCCCUUUGGUAUGACUCCCAAGGGGCGAAACAGAAGCAAAGUGUUCUCCUUCUCUUCAGCCUUGAAUGUCUGUUAUGCCCUCUUGUUUGGUAGAACAGCAGCCAUCAAACCCCCAAAAUGUUGGACUGGAAGAUUUUUAAUGAACCUUUGGGCCAUUUUCUGUAUGUUUUGUCUUUCUACAUAUACAGCAAACUUGGCUGCUGUCAUGGUAGGUGAGAAGAUCUAUGAAGAGCUUUCUGGAAUACAUGACCCUAAGCUGCAUCAUCCUUCCCAAGGCUUCCGGUUUGGAACUGUUCGGGAGAGCAGUGCUGAAGAUUAUGUGAGGCAAAGUUUCCCAGAGAUGCAUGAGUACAUGAGAAGGUACAAUGUACCAGCCACCCCUGAUGGAGUACAAUAUCUGAAGAAUGAUCCAGAGAAACUAGAUGCCUUCAUCAUGGACAAAGCCCUUCUGGAUUACGAGGUGUCAAUAGAUGCUGACUGCAAGCUUCUGACAGUGGGGAAGCCAUUUGCCAUAGAAGGAUAUGGCAUUGGUCUCCCACCCAACUCUCCACUGACCUCCAAUAUAUCCGAGUUAAUCAGUCAAUACAAAUCACAUGGGUUUAUGGAUGUGCUGCAUGACAAGUGGUACAAGGUGGUUCCCUGUGGCAAGAGAAGUUUCGCUGUUACUGAGACUUUGCAAAUGGGCAUUAAACAUUUCUCUGGACUCUUUGUGCUGCUGUGCAUCGGAUUUGGUCUGUCCAUCUUGACAACCAUUGGUGAGCACAUAGUGUACAGGCUGCUGCUACCACGAAUCAAAAACAAAUCCAAGAGGCAAUACUGGCUGCACACCAGUCAGAGAUUUCAUAGAGCAUUGAAUACAUCAUACAUAGAAGAAAAGCAGCAGCGUUUCAAGACCAAACAUGUGGAAAAGAGGACCAACAUGGGACCCCGUCAGCUCAUGGUAUGGAAUACUUCCAAUCUGAGUCAUGACAACCAACGAAAACACAUCUUCAGUGAUGAGGGAGAACAAAACCAGCUGGGCAUCCAGACCCACCAAGACAUCCCUCUCCCCAUAAGGAGAAGAGAGCUCCCUGCCACCAACGGGAAAGCAGAUUCCCUUAGCCUAGCUCAGAACUCAGUGAUGCAGGAACUCUCAGAGCUGGAGAAGCAGAUUCAAGUGAUACGUCAGGAGCUGCAGUUGGCUGUGAGCAGGAAAACGGAGCUGGAGGAGUAUCAAAGGACAAAUCGGACUUGUGAGUCCUAAGCAAUCACACUGCUCCCUGUUGUUCUCAGCUCCUAACAUUCCUGAGCCCUUGAGACACUUUGUAAUGCUCUUUUGUAAUGAUUGACAAAGGUGUGGGGAAGCUGAGGUCUAGGUCUUUAAGUCUACUCUCCCAACCUACCCUGCAGCAGCAGCUUUUCCCAAGCUCACCUCCUAGGUCUCCAGGGUAGGAAUCUUUUCAUAGCAGGAGUCUGAAGUUGGUCAGAAGUAAACUCCAUGUAAGGAAUCUGUUAACCAGACAACCCCAACUCCUGUUAAUUGUUUCACCAGGUGCCACAGUAACAUUUCUGGUUUUUAGCCAGCCCUUUCUCUGUACUAGUAACAAGAGAUGAAAUUGUUACUCAUACCUAUGUCUUACUAGGUUGUUGGUCCUAAUCUUAAUAUAAAAUAGGAUUAUCCAGGGUUAUUGAUUAAAAACAAUUCCCCAAUAUAGAUUUGUUCUACAUUCUGAGUGGGGAGCAGGCUAAUAGCUAGAGAAACUUGGGGGAGAGGGGAUACUUAAAGUUAACUGAAUGUAAUCACUGUGGGCAAGGAUUGAUUGGAUCAGACAAGAGGGACAUACUUGAAAAAAAUGUGUAUCUCUGGCCCCAUCCUGAUUAACAGUAGGGACAUGUUUACACACCAUUAUGAAAGAGGACAGAGAUGUGGUGACUGAGAGCAGAGGACAGGCAGAAGAGACAUUAUAAAUGCAUCCCCACACUUUUAGAACAAAACUUUUGGGCCAGAAAGGCAACUUGGCUAAGCAAUGAAUAGGACUACAUUUCUAAUCUAGCUAAGCAUCUCCACUAUAGUGUGUGCCUUUUAUAAAAGAAACAAAAAAAGAGAAAAGCAAAGUGAGGUUGUGGCCACAGGAUGAAGCUGGAACAUCCCUGCUAAUUGCCUAUAACAGGGUAGGUGAGCUGGCACUAUGGGUUAAGUAUUCUGCAUGCCACAUACUAGGCCAUUUUCAGAUCAGCAGUCAUCUAUUAGCCAUAGGAUCCCAAAAGUGAAUCUUGAGCCUCACAAGUGAAUCCUGAACAUCACAAGUUUCAACAUUCAGGAGUCUGCCCUGUGCUUUUCACACCUGUAUAGUAAUCACCAACUCAAUCUCCUGUCCUCACACCCACUCAUCUCUGAGGAGCUAUGUACAGGUUUUGGCUCCUUUCAUUAUUCUCCAGGCCCCAUCUAGUGCCCACAGAAGACUGAUAUAACUCAGCUUCCCCUCUGCCUAGAAAUCCCUUUCCCAAUGUACAACUGGUUGGGCAUGCAGAAAGGAAAGGAAUAUUGGGAACUUCAGAACCUCAGCUCCCAAAGAUUAGCAUAUUUAAGAGUUAUCUAGGGGACUCAUCAGAGUAUUGAUUGCCAGGACCCUUCCACAGAGAUUAUAGGACAAGGAACUGGUGGGGCGCUGAGAAACCUAAUGUUAACCAACAUCCCCGUGACAUGCACAGGGCAUCCUAAAAUUACUCCUGGAGAAACACUGCUCUGGAAGUUUGGCUGCCCCCAAGCACAGGAAGAUGUGAGGAAGAAACUUUUUUUUUUCUAAGGGGACAUACUAGAGAUAGGAGAAAACUUUAAAUUUCAGCGCACAUCUGCUGAUUCACUUUCUAAACCCCCACCAUGGCUCCAGGACACCAUUUAGGACUAAAUUUCCUUGUUUAUCAAUUACUGCUUUAUCCUCUCAGUACUCACUUCUGUGCCCAAUCAUUCUGAAAAAAUCUACAGUGAGUUCACAGUACUGAGCCAAGCAGCACGCAGAUCCUUAGAAAGGUGUCUCAAUCACAAAGUCUCUGUCUUGACUUCUGAAUACAAAGUCUGCAUUUCCACCCAGAGCUACCCAGGGAAAGAUAACCCCUUAAGCUUUAGGUAUCACUCUAGCAAUUAGUUAAUUGGCUGAGAAAACCAAGGAGUGAAGGUAAGCUCAGUGAUACUGAUAAGGGAGGUAUGAGGGCUCUAAAAUUAAGCUUCAACAACCUCCCCAAUCAAACAGUUCUACAGUGGGGGAAAACAGCUGAGUCCUAAAAGCAAAAAGGACAGAUCACUUUGAAAAACUGUCCUCCCACGUUCUCACCCCAGGCCCCAAAGUAGAUUUACAGCUGCCUAUGGAAGAUGAACCCUGACACCACCCAUCUGGAACUAGAGACUCUGCCACCCUACUCUGAGCACCCCUGGGUGUCUGUGCAGCAUAGAAGGCUGAGGUACAGGUGUACCUCAAUCCACGUAUGCUCCCAUUGUUGUACAUGGACAUUUUUGUAACUCAAUUCAUAUUCUGACUGUACUUAAGAAGCUGGCUAUUUAAGGGAACCCAGAGGUGAAUUUUUUUGUAAAGUAUAGAUCCCUUUUGUAAUCCAAUUAAUUAUCCCUUAAUGUACCUGUUUUGUAAGUUUGGAUUUUUGUAUAUCGGGUUUACCUUAAGCUUCUCUACUGAGGCAUUCUGAGCAGUGGGAAUCAGACGCCAGAUUGCCCUGCCUAUCCACAGAGUCAAAGACCAGUGCAUGCUCAAGUAUCUUCAGAGGAACUACCCAGCCAAAACAGUGGCCGAGAUGCAGCAAGACGCAGCAGGGACUGAAGGCAGCCUUACUGCAGCCAACACUGCUUGAAAUACUUCCAUGUUCUGGAUAAAGAAAAACCAUAAUUGCUUGUGGUGAAAUGAAGCUGUCUUCAUGUUAAGUAACAAUGGUUUUUUUCAAUGGUAGUAAUUGAACAGUGUUUUGCAAUUUGUGAAACAGUGUGUUGUGUUUUGUAAAAAGAUUUUAUUAAAGGGUGGAUCCCUGAAAACUUCUUUUCUGUUCUGCUCCACCUUGGUUCACUCAACUCCCCUCCUCAGGUUAAAAAAAAAAAUUAGUGGAGGGUUGUAUUUUGGCAAAUUAGAAAGAGCUAAAGGUGCUUUUGCUUCCUCUGCUGAGUUCCCAUUUCAUGAGAUCAGGAAGGCCUCCAUUUCCUUUUACUCUCCAGUAUUGGGAAACCUGGAAUAUGACAAACUGUCUCCCACCAGGGGAAGAUUGAGUAGGCUGGAACACACAGGACUAGUCAGUUCAUGUAAGUAAGAGUAAGUCCAAAAGUCCCAAAGUUUAUAUGCCACAGGCAGAGAAAGGAGAUUCCUCCAACAGAAACAAGUUGGAAGAAAGACUGGGAUCGCCAAGUAUGACAGCUACAGGGACCUGAUCAGUUAUGCCUGGAGGCGACUCAUUAUUCAUGAAUCUUGUUGUUGCACAAACUUUUUAAGAGAGCUGUUGCUUCUCAUAUAGCCCAGCCCAAGAAGUGGAAAGUGGAGCAAGAUCCAAGCAAAACAGAGCUAUAUCAUCUGGGUAAUAGACUUCUCAGUGCUGGGUCCAUCAGAGCCUUGGAGCAAGUUAUGAACCUCCUCAGUAUAGAAAACGGGAAACUACUUUUGAACCUCUUUUCCUCCCAACUCAUAAUUUGACAAGCAGGCCAGAAUAUCUAGUCUUCAGAAGAAAUUGCUUUUUAGUUAAAAUCACUUCACCACCUGCAGCUUAGUUACUCCUUUCCUCACUCACCUAAACCAUCCAUCCACUCCAGGAUUCCCUUACUCUUCGUUUUGUCACUAAUCAUUUUAUGAAAAUAAUGUAUUUAUAAGUAUUUUCUUAAGGUUUGUGAAGAGUAUUUGCAUUGUGUCUUCAUUUUAGUGUGUUUGCAAUCGCUCUGCUCCAAGAACUGAAAUGCUGUCUUGUGAGCAUGAAGUAAAUGGGCUGCUUUGCUCCAGCCACUUUUCUUGUACAAUGUGUGGAUGGACUAAAUGUCCUCAGGUCUUUUCCAUCUUCAGUUUCUAUGACUGUGGAAUAAAUGUUCAGACAGAAACUUCA